AUGGAGGGCAGGUCUCCGCCGCUGGACAGAGCAGGGUCACACGCUGGCCUCCCGGCUGCGCCUGGACAAACAGUCUCAGCUCUUCUCUCUGCUGCUCUCCAGGCCUCCCGGACGAAGCCUUCGAGUCCCUGGAGUCGCUGCAGUACAUCUACCUGGCCAACAACAAGGUCCGUGUAUCUUCACAACAACCAGCUGAGCAACGCUGGGCUCCCCUACAACGCCUUCAACGGCUCCGACGCCGUCAGCACCAUGAUCCUCUCCAGCAACCAGCUCAGCUACCUGCCCCAGAACCUGCCUCCCGCGCUCGUCCGGCUCCACUUGCAGAACAACCGCAUCUCCCGGAUCCCCAGGGGGGCGCUGAGCAGCCAGGGGAAGCUGCGGGAGCUCUACCUGCAGAACAACAACCUGUCCAACCAGGGCCUGGACCCUUCCACCUUCAGCAAGCUGAAGAGCCUGGAGUACCUGGACCUGUCUAACAACAACCUGAGCGAGAUCCCGGCCAGCUUCCCCCCGAGCAUCGUGAUCCUGCACCUGGGCAAGAACCACAUCGGGGCGCUGCCGCGGGACAGCCUGAGCCGGGCGCGGGGGCUGCAGUACCUGCUGCUGCAGAACAACCACCUGACUGCCGCCGGCGUCCAACCCGAGGCCGUCAUCAAGCCGGCCCGCCUGCACACCCCGCUGCUGCGGCUGCCCCAGAACCAGAUCAACUCCCUGUCACCCGAGCUGCUGGCCAACCUGACCGGGCUCAAGGAGCUGCACCUGGCCCACAACAGGCUGCGUGUCGGCUCCAUCACCCCCGGCACCUGGCAGGAGCUGCAGGGGCUCAAGCUCCUGGAUCUCAGCCACAACGAGUUGUCCUACGUCCCCCCGGACCUGCCGGAGUCCCUGGAGUAUCUCUAUCUCCAGCACAACCGCAUUGCCGUCAUUGAGGCCGGGGCCUUCCGCACCGUCCCCGACAUCCGGGCCAUCAUUCUCAGGUCCAACCGCCUGCUGCAGGCCAGCGUGUCCCCCGCGGCCUUCGCCGCCCUGGAGCAGCUGGAGGUGGUGGACACCACGGGGAACCCGGAGCCCAUCAGCGUCCCGAUGCCGCGGGCCAGGCAGUGGCUCAGGGCUCCCCCGGGGGCCUCGCUGGACGGUGGCGGCCCCACACCGGGCUCCUUCCCGUCGGCAGCCCCCCGUUAG